CCCUGCAAAUUGUAAUAAGCUUAUUAAGAAGCAAUUCCAUCAGGGGAAUGCCAAGGGGGUGAUUCUUUCUUACAUAAAUAUGCAAGAACUGGGCUUUCAGGGAGAUAACUAUAGCUUUCCUGUUUUACUGAAAGCAGUCAGUGGUCUUUCCAGUUCCAGUACUGGGUUGGCUAUCCAUGGCCAGACGAUUAAAUCCGGUCUCAGUGACCAUCCCUUUGUGCAGACCUCCUUGUUGAACAUGUACGUAGCUCAUGGUUGCCUUUUUGAUGCCUGCAAAGUGUUCGACAAAAUGCCCGUCAAAGAUGUUAUUGCUUGGAAUUCCAUGUUAGAUGGAUAUGCUUCGUCUGGGCAGAUGAAGGACGCUAUGGAAUUGUUCAAUUCAAUGCCAUCAAAGGACCUUACAUCUUUCAACAUCAUGGUCUCUGGGUAUGCGAGGAGUGGAAGAACCGAAUCUGCGAGAGACAUAUUUGAUAAAAUGCGCAAGAAAGAUAUUGUUUCAUGGAACUCAAUUCUUUUGGCACAUUCGCGAGAUGGAGAAAUGGAGAAAGCUCGUGAAGUGUUCGAUGAAAUGCCAAAGAAGAAUAUCAUCACGUGGAACACAAUGAUAAAUGGAUAUCUACACGCCAAACUCUAUAAUGAGGUGAUUGAUUUGUUCGAUGCAAUGAUGACUAGAAAUCUCAAAAUUGAUCAUCUAACAGUUACUGGUGUUUUAUCUGCAUGCACCCAUAUGGGAUCGCUAGAGAAAGGUAAUAAGAUACACUUAUAUGCUAAAGACAAUGGACUUGAAUCAAAUCCCCAUGUAGCAACUGCAUUAAUAGAGAUGUACGCUAAAUGUGGAAGCAUAAAGAACUCAAUGUUGGUAUUCUACAAGUGCCAAGUGAAGGAUAUUUACUGUUGGAAUGCCACAAUCUCUGCACUUGCAGCUCAUGGCUAUGGAUUUGCGGCUCUAAAAAUCUUCUACGAAUUGGUAGAGAAUUGCCUGACGCCUGAUGAUAUCACCUUCAUUGGCGUGCUCAAUGCUUGUAGCCAUGCUGGUCUGGUGCAGGAAGGCUGCAAGUUGUUCACCCAAAUGGAAAAGGACUUCGGGAUUGUUCCCAAGAUAGAGCAUUAUGGGUGCAUGGUUGAUCUUCUUGGAAGAGCAGGGCUUCUUGACUCUGCAAUGGAAUUGAUAGAAGGAAUGCCAUUUGAACCAGGGAAAUCGGUCUGGGGUGCCUUACUCAAUGCUUGUGUGAUUCAUCAGAACAUUAAAACCGGGGAAAAAGUUAUUGAUGAGAUAUCAAAGAAGGCUAGUUUGGGUGAUGGAGAGUUCAUGAUGUUUGCAAACUUAUAUGCAGCUUGUGGUCAAUUGGAAGAAGCAAACAGGUGGAGAGAAAUGAUGAAUGAAACAGGCAUUGUUAAAACUGCUGGCUUCAGUGCAGUUGAGAUCAAUGGAAGAUUUCACAAGUUCCUAGCCGGAACAUCAAUUAGCAAGGGUGAUCAUUAUGAUCCUAACUUACAACCUUAUUGAUCAAUGAUCAAUUUCAAAAAAAUUAUUGGAAACGAGUAUGCCUUUAUUGACUAAGAGGUAAUUUCAUUUUUUACAAAUUCUCAAAUUCUAAUAUGUAUCAAAGUUACAGAAGAGUAUGAAAGGAGAAUAUGAUAUGAAGAUCAACAUUAGGUGUUGGAUAUAAGAUUG